GAAGGCAGCAGGCGCCACAGUGGGCUGCGUCCUGGAGGCACAGGAUGGAGGCCUUCAACACGUCUGCACCUCUCAACUUCACCCUGCCACCCAACUUUGGCAAACGGCCCACAGACCUGGCUCUGAGCAUCAUCUUGGUGAUCAUGUUGCUCAUUAUCAUGCUUUCUCUGGGCUGCACCAUGGAGUACAGCAAGAUCAAGGCUCACUUCUGGAAGCCCAAAGGGGUGACCAUCGCACUGGUGGCACAAUAUGGAGUCAUGCCCUUGACAGCCUUUGCCCUGGGCAAGAUCUUCCGGCUGAACAACAUUGAAGCUUUAGCCAUCCUGGUCUGUGGCUGCUCUCCGGGGGGAAACCUGUCCAAUAUCUUCAGUCUGGCUGUGAGAGGGGACAUGAAUCUCAGCAUUGUUAUGACCACCUGCUCGACCUUCUUUGCUCUGGGCAUGAUGCCCCUCCUCCUGUACCUCUACUCCAGGGGGAUCUACGAAGGAGAUAUGAAGGACAAGGUCCCCUAUAAAGGCAUCAUAACAUCACUGGUCCUGGUUCUCAUUCCUUGCACCAUAGGAAUCGUCCUCAACGCCAAACGGCCACAAUAUGUGCGUUAUGUCAUCAAGGUAGGAACAAUCAUCACCAUUGUGCUGAGUGUGGCUGUCAUCGUGCUCUCUGUCCUCAACGUGGGAAACACCAUCAUCUUUAUUAUGACACCACAAUUCCUGGCCAUCUCCGCCAUUAUGCCUUGCACUGGCUUCCUGCUGGGCUACCUUCUCUCUGCUCUCUUCCGCCUCAAUGAGCGGUGCAGGCGCACUGUCAGCAUGGAGACUGGAUUCCAGAACAUUCAACUGUGCUCCACCAUCCUCAACGUGACCUUCCCACCUGAAGUCAUUGGACCACUUUUCUUCUUCCCGCUGCUCUACAUGAUUUUCCAGCUUGCAGAAGGACUUCUCAUCAUUGCCAUAUAUAGGUUCUAUAAGAAAAUCAAGCCUUCCAAGAGUAACAAAAAUAAAACAAAAGUGAUCUAUAAAGCUACCCCAACUGAAGAAGGGAUUCAAGCUCUGGGAAAUGGUUCUCACAUUAAGAAUGCAUAUUGCACAGCCCUGUCUCCCCAAUGGGACUGAUUUCAAGUCAGAAGACAGCCCAAAAAGCCAGCGAAGUAAAAAUCAAAGGACAGAAUGAUGGCAUGAGAAUAAUGUCUAGUGAAGCCCCCGUAUUUCUCUAGAAUUACCAGCAGAAGCCAUC